AUGGCGCACGCGGUGUCGCUCCGCGCGCGCGCGUCGACGCUCGGCGCGCUCGGACGGGCGAAACCGUUCGCGGGAUCGCGCGGAAGCGCGCGCGCGAGCGUCCGAGCGCGAGCGAAACCGUGGAGCGAGAGAGAUUGUCGCCUCGUCCUGGAGGAUGGCUCGGUGUGGCGCGGACGAUCGUUCGGGGCGAAGAAGACGGAGGUGGGCGAGGUGGUGUUCAACACCUCGCUCAGUGGGUACCAGGAGAUUCUUACCGAUCCCUCGUACGCGGGGCAGUUCGUUUUGUUCACGUGCCCGCACAUCGGGAACGUGGGCAUCAACGAGGGCGACAUGGAGAGUUCAAAGGUGCACAUGGGCGCGAUGAUCGUGCGCAACCUGUCGUUGAACGUGUCCAACUACCGCUCGGUGAAGGAUUUGAGCACGUAUUUGGAAGAACAGGGGGUGAUGGGGAUCGCAGACAUCGAUACGCGCGAGAUCACGCGUCGAUUGCGCGAGACCGGUUGCCUGAACGGGUGCCUCUCCAACGACGACUCGAAGAGCGACGCCGAGCUCCUCGACAUGGCGAAGGGUUACAACAUCGUCGGCAAGGAUUUGAUCAGUGAGGUCACCUGUAAAGAGCCGUACGAGUGGAAGGAUACCACGGGGGAGUGGGAAUUCAGCGAUAAGGCCAAGGCGAGCAAGGAUCAGUUCAACGUCGUGGUGUACGAUUUCGGCGUCAAGCACAACAUUUUGCGCCGCUUAGCUUCUUUUGGGUGCAAGCUCACCGUCGUUCCCGCGUCGUACCCGGCGGAUAAGGUGAUGGCGAUGAAUCCAGACGGCGUGAUGUUCUCCAACGGCCCGGGUGAUCCGAGCGCCGUGCCGUACGCGGUGGAGAACGCCAAGAACAUCCUCGGCCAACUCCCAGUAUUCGGCAUUUGCAUGGGCCACCAAGUCCUCGGGCAAGCGUUCGGCGGCAAGACGUUCAAGCUUAAGUUCGGUCACCACGGCGGGAACCACCCGGUUCGGGCGGCGGACGGUGCUGUGGAGAUCUCUUCCCAGAACCACAACUUCGCCGUCGACCCGAAGUCCCUCCCGGCCGGGAUCACCGUGAGCCACGUCAACCUCAACGACGGCACGUGCGCCGGCAUGGUGUGGCCGGAGAAGCGCGCGAUGACCAUUCAGUAUCACCCCGAAGCGUCCCCGGGUCCGCACGACUCCGACCGAUGCUUCGCGGACUUCGUGCAGAUGAUGCGCGACUCUAAGAAGUAA